CGACUUGUCCGAUCGUGACCUUUUGGGUAAGACACAUGAGGCGGUGGGCUUUAUAGUGGAGCCAUUGAAGAUAGAAGUCAAAAAGUGGAGGAAGAGAGUUAAGUCAACCGAUGAUAUUACCGAAGGAUCAUGCAUCCUAUUGAGGAAAAAGACGGAAGAG